GCCGCAGACGAGAUUGGUUGGAAGCUAGUCCUCGGAUCGCCGCUCGAGAGCUGGGCGAUCAUCGUGACGGAGCUGCUGCGACUGGCGCUGCGCCGCACCAGGUGGCACUGCGAGGGCGAGGCUCUCAAGGCCAUCAAGGCUCGCGGCCGCGAGGCACUCGCCCAGGCGCAGCAGCCGCAGCAGCGGCAAGUCAUCCAGCGGCUGCCGGCCCAGGCGGAGUCCGCCGAGGCCAGAGUGCAGGCGGCAGAGGCUAUGGCUCAGGAGGCCCGAGGUCAAGAGCAGCAGCAGCGAGCAGCCCAGCCUGGCGGCCCGCCGCAGGAGACAAACAUAUUGAUUGACACACGGGUCCUCGGCAAGCCUAGUGACUUCAAUGGCGAGCCUGGGACCUGGCGUGACUGGAGUGCGAUUUUCCGAGCCUAUGCCAGCGCGUGCGAGCCGGCCCUGAAGGACGCCAUGGACAGGGCUGAGCAUGCCGACACGCCAGUGCUGAAUGCGACGCUGCCCGACGACCAGGUACGCUUCAGCAGCCAGCUCUACUAUAUGUUGGUCAUGCUGAACAAAGGCCUCUCGUUAGACCGCAUUGUCAGUGCAGGAGUGAACGAGGGGCUGGAGGCGUGGAGAACCCUGGUAACCUUCCACGAGCCUCAGAGCCGCACCCGGGCAGCAGGGCUCCUUCAGGAGCUGCUCUCGUGGGACUUCGAAGGUGACGUCCCCUCGAAGCUGAUUGCGUUCGACAGGAAUGUCAAGCGCUACGAGCAGGCUGUGGGUACAGAGUUUCCCGAUGAUAUCAAGAUAGGCAUCCUGGUCCGCUCGCUCAAGGAGGGCCCGCUGCGCCACCACCUGCUCCUCAACAGCCAGCGGCUGAACACCUGGGAGCUCGUGAAGGCCGAGGUCGAGAACCUCAGGCGGGCCCAGACUGCGACGACGGCGAGCACUGGCACAGGCCCGACCCCGAUGGACAUCGACUCCCUGGCGCGGCAGCUGGCAGCUCUUGGCUUCAAGGGUGGCAAGAACGGCAAGGGCGGCAACGGCAAGGGCAGGGGCGGCAAGGCCGGCAAAGGCAAGGGCUCCGACAACCUGCCCACCAAGCCGUGCCCGAUCUGUGGUAAGACAGGUACCUGGAAGCGAGACUGUUGGUGGAACACGACGGCUGCGUCAGGCAAGGCACCGCCGAAGGGCGGUGGAGGUCGAGGUCGUGGCAGAGGCAAGGGUGAAGCCAAGGGUGGUGGCGGACCGAAGCCGAAGCCAUGCUGGACUUGUGGUUCGACAGCGCAUCUAGCCAAGGACUGCCCGGUCGCCAAGAAGUCUGGCGCCCCGGGCGAGAUGGGAGAGCCUGGGCCUCCUGAGGGCUUGGGUGGCCUCUUCCUGGCGGCGCUCGACCUGUCGGCCAUGUCCUCGAGCUGUGAGACGGCGCGCUUCGGGAUCGACUCAGGCGCGGCGGUCGCAGCGAUCCCGCGCGCGCUGGGGACCGACUACCCGAUCACGGAGAGGCCGUCGGGAGCGCAGUACCUCAGCGCGACGGGCGAGCCGAUCCCAGAUGAGGGCCAGCGCAAGCUCAUGGUGCAGACUGGUGGUGCGCUACGGGGUAUCAGGGCCCGUGUCGCGGGCGUCAGGCGGCCGCUGCUCUCGGUCUUCGACCUCGUGAAGAGCGGCCACCGCGUGGUCUUCGAGCAGGACCAGCACGGGAACGACAUCAGCCACGCUGUCCACAUCGAGAGUGGCAAGACCGUCCGCUUCACGCGGAGGCAGCGCACCUGGGACCUGGACGUGAGCAUCGUGCCAGCGAAGGAGGUGAGCCAGAUGUCCCAGACCCUCGUGAGGGAGCUCCCGCUCUGCUCGGUCGAGGGUUGCCGUGGUUGCAGCAAGCCACAGGAGUGGUACCUCAUGGAGUUGAUGAUGGGCAAGUUGCGACCAUCGAGAGUCAUCUCGGCGCAGCCGCAGGUGAUCCUGUCCCGCCAGGUGGAGCUGCCGUGGCAGGGGACGACGGAGUUGGAAGUACAAUCGAGCUCGAGGGUGACGCCGAGGAGCGCCACGAAUCUCAGCCCGCUCCAGUGCGAGCACGACGGGGGCCGAAGAGCGCAUGCCAUACCUACGUUUGCAGUUGACUACGGAUACCUCGUGAAGCGGGAGGAGGUGGAAUCGGGCCAGUCCGUGCUCCCCAUCCUGGUCGGCAUCGACUCAGCCACCUCGCGGGUCAGCGCCGACGUCCUCCCGUCCAAGGGCAUCCAGCAUGAGUACAACGUGGUCCGCGCCUUCUGCCAGGUAGAGGUGACCGGCCACCCGAAGAUCAUCCACAAGUCCGAUGGUGAGGGUGCCUUGGUGGCGCUCAAGCGAGAGGCGACGAUCCGCUUCAGGAAUCUGAAGUUCGAGGUCGUGCCCGAGGAGGCGCCGGCCUACGACAGCGCCAGCGACGGCCUGGCCGAGGUAGCAGUGAGGGAGGUCAAGGGCGCGUCGCGGUCUCUGCGAGUCGCCCUGCCCCUGCUGCGCGGCACUGACAUCCCGAACGACCAUCCAGUGCUGACCUGGCUGGUUGCUCACGCUGCGGGGUGCAUCAAUCGUGGCAAGAUCGGCGCCGAUGGACGGACCCCGCGCGAGAGGCACAAGGGCAAGGCCUUCCGCAAGGUGCUGCCGCCUUUCGGUGAGAUCAUCGUGUUCCUCCCGAGUGCGAGGCGCGACACCAAGUUCGAGGAGCGUUGGAAGAUCGGAGUCUUCCUGGGCGCCAUCGAGAAGUCGAGCGAGAUGCUCGUCGGCUACGACGGCAGUGUCGUACGUGCGCGGUCUAUCAGGAGGAGGCCGCCGAGUCAGCGGGCUGAUGCAGCCCUGUUGCGUUCGAUCAGGGGCGCGCCAUGGAUGCCGACCCCGGACAAGCCAGAGAACGUUCGCAUCCCGACGGUCAUUGACGAGCCCCCUGUCGACCCAGCUGCACAGCAGCCGAGGGUUGUGCCAGAGCAGGUUCCAGCUGAACCUCGGAGCGUAUACAUUCGCAGGAACGUGGAGCUGGCCAAGUACGGCUUCACGGACGGGUGCCCGGGCUGCCUCGCGGCCCGCGCCAACGCAUCAGCCAAGGCUCACAGCUCGGAGUGCCGUGAGCGCAUCCAGCAGGCCAUGGCGAACGACCCGGCGCCGAUGGAGAUCGAGCGACCUGGCCGACGAGCUGCUGGGCGCCGAGGCUCGCCCGCGGAGUUGCCGCAGGCAUCGAGGCGCCGCCUCGCGGUGCCAGGCGGGCCAGCACCCCUCACGCCAGCGAUCAGCGGUGAGCAGCCGAGGACGCCCGCACAGGCGCCAGCCACGCCUCAGGCGCAGGCUGCAGGGCCGAGCGGGCUCCUCCAGGCGCCGCCUGGAGCUGGGGAUCCCAUGGACGCGGACUCCCUGGAGCUCUGCGCGCUGCUGGCGGCUUUCGGCGACUGGAGGGUGGCCGUCAGCGAGCUCUACGGACCAGGACGGUUCACAUCUCGGCCGAGUGCGUUCGACCUCGAGCCCGGCACAGCCUACGACAUCAGGACCGGCUACGACUUCAGCCAGGAGGGUGACAGGCAGCGGGCGCAGGCCACCAUCGAGCUAGAGCAGCCACUGCCGAUCACUGGCAGCCCGAUGUGUGCGCCGUGGUCGAACCUGCAGGCCCUCAACGUCAUCCAGGGUGUGGACGUCAACGCCAUCAACGCCAUCAUGGAGCGAGGCGUUGUCCACCUGGUCUUCUGUGCCGAGCGUUACAAAGAGCAGAUCAAGGCUGACCGCCCCUUCUUGCACGAGCAGCCAGCAUCAUCGAGGAGUUGGCGUCUCUGGAUGAUCCGAGAGAUCGCCGAGAUGCCCGGAAUACACUACGUAGAGUGCGAUCAAUGUGCGUAUGGGUUGUGGUGCACCGAUGCUGUCGGCCCGGCGCUGGUCAAGAAGCCCACGGGAUGGUUGACCAACUCCGCUGAGAUAGCCCGAGAGCUGACGCGUCGGUGUCCUGGGUGUGCUAGGCAUUGCCAGACGGUCGGCCUAGGUCGGCGCGGCAUGCGCAUCAUCGAGCGGUACCCAACGAAGCUUGCAGCUGCGGUGCUGCGUGGGCUACGUCGCGAGGCGAUCGCCCGCGGCCAGCUGGGUGCGCUGGAGGCCGGGCCACACCUGGACGAGCCACCGAUCUGGGACGCCUACCCCGAGUACUACACGGAGAUCGUCGACAAUAUCAGCAGGGCCGCUUUGGACCCCGAGCUCGUGGCGGCUGGCCGCAAGGAGACCGGGCGCGACCCGGCGCCCAUGAUCUGGGUGGACGUCAACAAGGGUGACGACCGUAAGCCCAACGUCCGCUGCAGGCUGUGCGUGGCGGAGACACGCUACCGCACGAACGCCGAGGAGGACCAGCACGUCCUCAUGUUCCUGGACAUCACUAGAGCUCACCCGCACUGCGAGAUGAAGCGGUGCCUUUACGGUUGCCGCGACGCGGGCCAGAACUUCGAGCUGUUGGUCCGUGAGACGCUGGAGGGCAAGAUGGGCUUCUCCUGUGGCGCGUGGUGCCCCUGCAUAUACCGCAGAGGCGACGGCAAGCUCGUGGCCUACGUCUACGGCGACAACUUCGUGUUGAAGGGCUCCCGCACCGACAACCUGGAGUUCUACCGCGAGCUGCAGAAGUACAUGUGGGUCAAGCUCGAGGGCAUGUUGGGACCCAACAAGAGCGCUGGUGAUGUUCAGGAGGUGGUCUGCCUGAACCGCGUCUUCCGCUGGGUCUCGAGAGGCGAUGUGGAGCUCGAGGCUGACUCCCGCCACGCGUUCAUCAUGAUGCAGCAGCUGAACCUCUGGCGCGGGUCAAAGGCCCUCUCGACGCCAGGAGUAAAGGCCAAGAGCGCGGGCCGCGGCAGGGUCCUGGAGGGCGAGGAGGCGACUCGCUACCGCAGCCUAGUCAUGCGAGCCAGCUAUCUCAGCGAGGACCGCCCGGACAUCAAGUACGCAGUCAAGGAAGCAGCGAAGUGCAUGCACGAGCCGUGCGAGCACGGCAUGGAGCUAGUCAAGAGGAUUGCCAGGCAUCUCCUGGGCCGUCCUAGGCUGGUUCAGAGGUUCCGACGCCGACGAUGGUCAGGUGUGCUCAAGGGCUUCUCGGACAGCGACUUCGCCGGCUGCCUGGAGACCAGGAAGAGUACGAGCUGCGGAGUCUUCCAGCUGGGAGAUCACAUGAUUCGGGUCUUCAGUGCGACCCAAGGCAGUGAGGCUCUCAGCUCAGGUGAGGCCGAGUGGUAUGCUUUAGUGCACACUGUGUCCUGCGGGAUCGGCCUAGUCUCGUUGGCGCGUGACAUGGGAUACGAGCUGGAGCUACGUUUGGCUGGCGACGCUACGGCCGCCAGUGGGAUCGCGCACCGCCGAGGGGCAGGGCGCAUCCGACAUAUCGAGACAAAGGCUCUCUGGCUCCAGCGUCAUGUAACCGAGCGUCGAGUCAUCCUUUCCAAGACGCUCGGUAAAGUCAACGUGGCAGAUCUCGGCACGAAGCAUCAGGCGCAAAAGGAGCUGGAUGAGAUGCUGGGACUGCUGGGAUUUUUCGUGGCUACGGGCAAGUCUGCCCUCUCUCUCGCGGUCGCAGGCAACUUGCUUGAUCCUGACCCAGCUUGCGAGCCCGAGGGCAAAGAAGAGGUGCAGGCGUGGCUUUCGCUUGAUGUCGCCCGUGGCAG